AUGAAGGGUAUUGCUUUAUCUGCCGAAGAACUGGAAGCAGUUCUCCAGUUGGAAAAACUCAAAUGUGAAAAAUUAGCACAAAAUGAUAAUGAAAAAGGAACGUGUAAAACUAUUUGGGAUGGAAUUAUGUGUUGGUCUUGGGCAUAUCCAAAUCAGAUUUUAACACAACAAUGCCCUUCUUACAUAGCAGGCUUCGAUCAAACGUCGAACGCUACUAAAUUAUGCACUGAAAAUGGAACUUGGUACGUUAGUCCAAAAACGAAUCAAGAAUGGACAAAUUAUAAUCAAUGUUUUAUUGAUCACAAAACGACAAUUUUUGUACAAGUUUCAUCUAUAGAUAGUUUUCUUUUAAAGGAGUAUUUACCGAUAUUGAAGGGGAUUUCACACAUCGGAUACGGCAUAUCAUUGAUUUCCCUAGUGAUGGCUUCACUUAUUUUAUUAUCCUUCAGAAAACUUUAUUGUUCUCGAAAUACUCUUCACCUUCAUUUAUUUGUUUCAUUCAUUAUGAGAGCAUUUGUUACGUUCUUAAAAGAAUUUCUUUUCGAACAAGGAAUCGGUUUAAGAUCAAAUUUUGUCGAACAAAAUGGUACCAAGUACUUCUUAGAUGAAAUAAACAGCAAUUGGGAAUGUAAAAGUUUAACCACAAUUUGGCAAUACUUUAUUAUGGCAAAUUAUUCAUGGAUAUUAAUGGAAGGGUUAUACAUGCAUAAUCUUUUAAUGUUUGCUUUAUUUUCUGACAAUGCUAAUAUUUUUAUGUACAUAAUAUUAGGAUGGGGUUUACCUAUAAUAUUUGUUAUUUCAUGGGCAUUGGUUAGAAUUAAUUUGGAAAAUGAUUUGUGUUGGACGACUAAUUUAAUAUCGAGAAAUUUUCUCAUCAUUCGAAUUCCAAUAAUAAUAUCAGUUUUGGUGAAUUUCGGUUUGUUUUUAAAUAUAAUACGUUUGUUAUUACUUAAAGUUAAAUCAGCUGUUCAAGAAGAAACGCAAAAAUAUUGGAGAUUAGCUAAAUCCACGAUUGUUUUAGCACCUUUAUUCGGUGUUCAUUAUACAAUAUUUUUAGGAAUGUCUUAUUGUGUUGGAAUUAAUGAAACGAUUGAAUUGAUUUGGUUAUUUUGCGAUCAACUUUUUGCAUCGUUUCAGGGUUUUUUCGUAGCUUUAUUUUUUUGCUUUUUAAAUAACGAAGUACAAACGGAAAUGAAAAAAAAAUUAAGACAGUUAUUGUAUGGAUGUGACUAA